AUGACUAUGGCUGGAAGGAGGUUACUUGCCUUUGCUUGUUCCACUUCAACCCCUUUUCUCAAUCUCAAUCAAAAUCCAAACUUCUUCUAUAUUUUCGAUUCUUCUCGUCAUUUCUCCGGUUUUUCUGCUUCUCCAGAGGAUGGUUCUUUCGGUGAUAAAUUUCACAAGUGGCAUAAUGGAGGUGGCACUUUCCACGAGUCGGCUAGCAUUGACUCCACAGCACUUGUAGAGGUUGGCGCUGUAGUUCAUUCAGAAUCUGUUGUUGGUUCAAAUGUUCGUAUAGGUUCUGGAACUAUUGUUGGGCCUUCUGUUACUAUUGCUCAUUCAACAAAGAUAGGGUACACUUUCCUUUCUCUGUGUCACAUUCCUAUGCAACUUGGUCUCAUCAUCAGUAUCAUUAAGGUAGAAGCUGACUGUGAAAAGUACCAUUAUGAUACUAAGGUAGGCGUGAGGUAUAAUGUCGCUCUAAGUAAUUGCUUUAUAGGUGAUUCAUGUGUAAUCCACAAUGGCGUCUGCAUUGGUCAAGAUGGUAAAGCUGGAUUUCUUCGCUUGCUUACGAUGCUUAGAUUUGGAUUUUAUGUGGAUGGUGAUGGUAAUAUGAUAAAGAAGCCUCAGACUUUGAAUGUAAUAAUAGGGAACAAUGUGGAAAUUGGUUCAAAUACAUGCAUUGAUAGAGGCAGCUGGCGUGAUACAGUUAUUGGAGACAAUUCAAAAAUAGAUAAUUUAGUUCAGAUUGGCCAUAAUGUAGUAAUUGGGAAGAAUUGUUUGCUUUGUGGGCAAGUUGGGAUUGCAGGUUCAGCAACGAGAUUACGUGACUAUGGGAGGAAGGGUAGCAGUGCGAGAUCAUGUAUCCAUCAUAUCAAAGGUAUGCAUUUGUUUCCUGAUCUUACAAGGUUAACCUCUCAUAGCCUUGGAUGGCUAGUUUUGGAAAGUGGUAGAGUAAAGUCUAUGAGGGGCAUAAUUUGCAACUCCAUGGUAUUCACUAAGUGCAACCAGGAAUUCUUUGUUUUCUGGACUAAGCCUCCGUUUGGUAGUGCUGAUGAGGGAAGGAAAGGAGAAAUGGGGGAAGGUCGGGUUCGGCUUGCAGCAGCAAGUUUUGUCACCAAGGACAUCAAAGAGCCUGGGGACUAUGGUGGCUUUCCAGCUGUAAUGAUUUAG